AUGGGCAAGACGGAGCUGAAAAUCUUGCGUGAGAGUAAGAGCCCGGAAGACAAAAGUAGAGAUUCCGAAAUAAAAAACAUGUUGAAAAAAUUGCCAGAUCCAACAAAGCUGUUAUCCGCCCGGAUGGGCGAAUCCGUUUUGGUGGUCCUAGUCCUGAUAGCCACCAUGGCAUUCCAGGCGGGUAUCGCCCCCCCGGGCAGCGUAUGGCAAGAAAAUGAAAACAAGAACACAACCAUAGCCGGUGAAAACAAGAACACAACCAGAGCCGGUGAAGCCAUCUUGGCAUCUACUUAUGACGAAUGGUACAUGUAUGUGUUCGUGGUUUUUAACACCAUAGCUUUCGUAGUAUCUCUCCUCACAAUCUUGCUCAUCAUGACCGGACUGCCAUUCCAAAGCCGUCGUUUCUCCACUUUGGCCAUGAUUUUUAUGUUUGCAUCCGCUUUUAGUGUUUCAGUUAGUUAUGCAUUUUCUAUAAUAGCCAUCACUCCCGGAGAAGAACCAGUUGGUUUGAGGUACAUGUUUUUGUCCGUAUACUUCAUUGGAGGUCUAUUUGUUAUCUACUUUGUGGUUAAAGGUCCAGUGUCCGCUAUGAGAGACUAG